AUCCGAUUUUGAGGACUGACCCUGCAAACGGAAAGUCCAGUGAGGAGUGUGCUGGGGGUCGGGGCCGGCUUUGCUGGUGGCCUUGUCCUUCUGGCCAGUGGAGGGCCCCUCAGGAAGAGCCCAGGGCUGCUGGAGACAGUCUCAGCCCAGUCCACCCUCAGCCGUGGCCCUCACGUCUGCCCUCACACAUUCAGGGCAGAAACGGAAUGUUGGGUUUGUUAGCUGGAGACUGGCUGGUGGCAGGCUCCAGGAGUCCUGGCCUCGGCGGGCUAACGGAAGGGACAGAGCCUGUCCACCAGGGUGAUGGACACAACCUUGUCAGUGCUGGGGUAGGGAGUCUGCAGCCUGUCUCAUGUGUUUCUUUUCUUUCUUUUUUUUAGUAAUUUCAAAACGAUUAUUUUCACUGUAUUUGAAAGGCAGGGAGACAGAGAUGCAGGUUCAUCCCCUAAUGCCUACAACAGCCAAAGCUGGAUCAGGCCAACGCCAACAGCCUGAAACUCCAUCCAGGUCUCCCACGUGGGUGGUGGGAACUCAGUACCUGAGCCGUCACCUGGUAGCAGAGAGCUGAGGCAGAGUCCUGUGGGCUGGGCCAGGCAUCCGGUGUGGGACGUCAGCUGCACAGCUAACCUACCACGCACAUGCGUGCAGUCCUACUUAAAUGCACAUAUGUAACCUAGAUGGGUUUAAGAAAUGAAUUUUCAAAGUACGGUAUGAAGAUAGAACACUGUUUAAAGCUAGGGUGGGGAACCUUAUUUCUGUUAAGGGCUGUUAGGAUAUUUGACAUCUUUGUGGGCCAUACAAAAUUAUCAACUUAAAAAUUAGCCUGCUCGGGGCUGGCGCUGUGGCACAGCGGGUAAAGCCUCUGCGGUGCCCACAUCCCAUAUGGGUGCCAGUUCGAGUCCUGGCUGCUCCGGGAAAGCAGUGGAAGACAGCCUGGGUCGUUGGACCCCUGCACCCGCGUGGGAGACCCGGAGGAAGCUCCUGGCUUCGGAUCGGCGCAGCUCCGGCGAUAGCAGCCAUCUGGGGAGUGAACCAGGAUGGAGGACCUCCCCCCCACCCCCACCCCCGCCUCUGACUAUAACUCUGCCUUUCAAAUAAAUAAAAUCUUAAAAAGCCUUAACAGAAAUUGACCAGCUGUAGAUUCAUUGCAUUUUGAAUGUUGCAGUGCGCAGGCCACCCCUUCCGCACCCCUGGUCUGAAGGCUGUUUUGCAUCAGUGUUUUGAACCGCCCCGGGAAGGAAGCGGCAGCGCUGCCUUGCUGACCCGAGGACUGGCGCCCCGGCGGUCCCCUCCUCACCGGCCUCCCGGCGGCGCUCCGAGGCUGGCCCCUGCCCCUCGGGCACGCCGGGUCCGUCUGUCCGGGAGCGAGCGCGCCCCUCCCCGGGCACCCUCCGAGGACCCUCCCGCCUGGACCGCGGAGGUCGGAGGCGGAUCCCGGGAAUCCGGAGGACGCGCGGGCGUUCCCAUGGUAACGCCCGGAAGCGGGCCGCGCGCCUGCGCGCAGCGGAAGUGGCGGGCCGGCGUCCGGCAUGGCGGAGCCGGAGGCGGAGGCCGAGCAGAUCCGUCUGAAGUGUAUCCCUGGGACGAUGCCGGAGUGUGAAGGAGUUCGAGAAGCUGAACCGCAUUGGGGAAGGAACCUAUGGCAUCGUGUAUCGGGCCCGAGACACCCAGACGGACGAGAUUGUCGCCCUCAAGAAGGUGCGGAUGGACAAGGAGAAAGAUGCAUCUUUCUGGUGAUGGGAUAUUGCGAGCAGGACCUGGCCAGCCUCCUGGAGAAUAUGCCCACGCCCUUCUCUGAGGCCCAGGUCAAGUGCAUCGUGCUACAGGUGCUCCGGGGCCUCCAGUACCUGCACAGGAACUUCAUCAUUCACAGGGACCUGAAGGUCUCCAACUUGCUCAUGACUGAUAAGGGCUGUGUGAAGACAGCGGAUUUUGGCCUUGCCCGAGCCUACGGUGUUCCGGUAAAGCCGAUGACCCCCAAGGUGGUCACACUCUGGUACCGUGCCCCUGAACUGCUGCUGGGGACCACCACCCAGACCACGAGCAUUGACAUGUGGGCCGUGGGGUGCAUCCUGGCUGAGCUGCUGGCCCACAAGCCCCUUCUCCCUGGCACUUCCGAGAUCCACCAGAUCGACCUGAUCGUGCAGCUGCUGGGGACACCCAAUGAGAACAUCUGGCCGGGCUUCUCCAAGCUGCCGCUGGUUGGCCAGUACAGCCUGAGGAAGCAGCCGUACAACAACCUGAAGCACAAGUUCCCGUGGCUCUCGGAGGCUGGACUUCGCCUGCUGAACUUCCUGUUCAUGUACGACCCCAGGAAAAGGGCGACAGCCGGGGACUGUCUGGAGAGCUCCUACUUCAAGGAGAAGCCCCUGCCCUGCGAGCCUGAGCUCAUGCCCACCUUCCCCCACCACCGGAACAAGCGGGCGGCCCCGGCCACGGCCGAGGGCCAGAGCAAGCGCUGCAAGCCCUGACCACGAGCCCAGCCCACGCCCACGCCCACGCCCCCUCAGCCUGCUGGCCCGGCUGUCCUCUGGCUGGGACCGUUCCUGUCUGUCCUGUGUGACGCUGCCCCCACAGGCAGGCAGGGUAUGCAGGCAGGCUGAUGCUGGUGGUGGCAGUGCCCCCUGGUGCCUGCACACUGAUGCUGGUGGUGGCAGUGCCCCCUGGUGCCUGCACAGGGCCUUGGCUGUUCUCCCUAUGGAGAAGCAGCUGGGCCACCCGGGGGCCUGGGACCAGCAGGCCCAGGCAGAGAGGCUGCACUGACCCAGGUGUGUCUGCCCGGACUCCAGGUGGAAGGAGGGAACAGGUGUGGGUGGGGCAGCUUCUGCUCAUGCAGAGAGAGGAGCGGUGUGCUGUCUGAGGAUGAAGAGAUAAAAGCUUUGACAAGUGUG